AUGCAGAGCAGCGGUCAAGAUGGAGGCAAGGCAGUGAAGCUGGUGAUGGAGGUUGUGGGGGGCCAUGCGGAUAUUGAGGGAAAGCGCAGCACUGAUAACCAAGUGCUGGAGUCCAAUCCACUGCUGGAGGCGUUUGGGAAUGCCAAGACAGUGCGCAAUGACAACUCCAGUCGCUUUGGCAAGUUCAUCGAGAUCCACUUUGACCAGCGCGGGCGUGUGUCAGGAGCAGCCAUCCGGUCGUACCUGCUGGAGCGAUCACGGGUGGUGCAUAUCGCGGACCCCGAGAGGAACUACCACUGCUUCUACCAGCUCUGCGACGGGGCCUCCCCCGAGGAGGCGGAGCUGUUGAAGCUGCCGCCCGGCCCCAACAGGGCACAGCACUUCCACUACCUCAACCAGAGCCGCUGCUUCGAGCUGCAGGGCAAGUCCAGCAACGCCGAGGAGUAUAGCAAGACCCGCAGCGCCAUGCGCGUCAUUGGCAUCUCGGAGGAGGAGCAGCUGUCCAUCCUGCGCGUGGUAGCAGCGGUGCUGCAUCUGGGCAAUGUGGAGUUCAGGGAGAAGGGCGACAAGUUGCGCAUCGCCAAGCAUGCAGACACCACCCUCGACACCGUCGCCUCCCUCCUCUCGUGCGACCGCAAGAAGCUGCAGGACUCGCUAUGCACAGUGAAGCGCAAGGUGGGGGGGGAGACCAUCAAGAGUGCACUUGAUGUCAAGGCUGCCACUGUCAGGCGUGACACGCUUGCCAAGACCCUCUACUCCAAGCUCUUUGACUGGAUUGUGCAGAAGGUGAAUCGGUCCAUCGGGCAGGACCCCAGGGCCAUGGCCAUCAUUGGCGUGCUUGAUAUCUACGGCUUCGAGCACUUCAAGAUCAACAGCUUUGAGCAGUUCUGCAUCAAUCUUGCCAACGAGAAACUGCAGCAGCAUUUCAACCAGCACGUGUUGAAGCUGGAGCAGGAGGAGUAUGAGAAGGAGCAGAUCAACUGGAGCUACAUCAACUUCCGUGACAACCAGGACGUGCUGGACCUCGUUGAAGGGGACAAGGGCAUUCUCAGCAUCCUUGACUCAGCCUGCCGCCUGGCGCAGUCAACAGCGGAGGGCUUCACGCUGUCGCUGUACGACGCCUUCCUGCGCCACGACCGCUUCUCCAAGUCCAAGGGCUCCGUCACCGACUUCACCCUCGAGCACUACGCCGGGCAGGUGAAGUACAGCACGUUGGAGUUCAUAAGCAAGAACAUGGACGCAGUGGUAUCAGAGCACGAGGUGCUGCUGCAGAAGUCUGCCGACCCAUUCGUCACCGCCCUCUUCCCACCCGCGCCGCCCGAUGACAAGGCGGGCAAGGCCACGAGCAAGUUCGCGUCGCUGGCUCGCUCCUUCAAGCAACAACUGGCGCAGCUGAUGGAGACACUCAACCGCACAGAACCGCACUACAUCCGGUGCAUCAAGCCGAACGCCAAGAGCCGGCCGGGCAUGUUUGAGCGCGCCAUGGUCACGGACCAGCUGCGGUCGGGGGGAGUGCUGGAGGCCAUCCGCAUGUGCUCCGCGGGCUACCCCACACGCCGCACCUUUGAGGACUUCGUUGACCGCUUCGCUCUGCUGCUGCCCUCGCUGCUCGAGCAGGACAUGUCGGACGUGGAGUAUGUGGAGGCGCUGCUCAAACACGCCAAGCUCGAGAACUACCAGAUCGGGCUGACCAAGGUGUUUCUGCGCGCGGGGCAGAUGGCGCUGCUGCAGAGCAUGCGCCUGGACGCCAUGAACGAAGCUGCCAGGAAGAUUCAGCGCGCCACUCGGCACUUCCUCUUCAAUCGCCAUCGCAGGCGCGCCGCCCUGCUCAUCCAGACACACUGGCGAGGCCACUGUGCGCGCGCGGCGUACCAGCAGUUGCGCAGGGACGUGGCAGCAACGACCAUCCAGGCGGCGGAGAGGGGGCGGCAGCAGCGCCUGCGCUUCCUGCAGCUGCGCCACGCCGCACUGGUGGUGCAGGCCGCUGUGCGCAUGCACCUCUGCCGCACCGCCUAUGCCAACACUCGCCGCCGCCUCGCCGCCACCCGCAUUCAGAGCACGUGGCGGGGCUACAUUCACAGGCGGCCGUGGCGGGCGCUCAAGCACAUGCUGGCGGGUAGAGUGGCGCGCCUCCGAAUGCACAACCUCAAGCUGCAUCCAUACCGACCAGUUCCCCCUUCCCCCACCUCCCCUUCCCCUUUUUCCUGCCCUCCCCGCUCCUCCCACUCCAACCACCCGCAGGAGGCGAGUCGGCAGGCGGAGUUGGCGCCGCCGCGCAAGAAGACGGACGUGGCCAUCGAGACCAUCCGCAUGAUGACACUGCGCGUGAUGCGGGUGAGAGGAGAGGGAAGCCGUGAGGGGAGAGGGAAGCCACAGGCCUUGCCUUUCACUCCUUGUCACCUACCUUCCUGCCCCUCGCCGCACCAAUUCCUUAUCUCUCCCGCAUUACCCAUAUUCACCCUCUUCCUCCCUUUGCUCCCACAUCCAUCUCUGCACUGCUCGCCCGCCCGCCUCAUCAAAAUCCCUCUCCCCCCUUCUCAGGAAAAGGCUGAAAAAAGCCGUGCACACUCAGAGCGCCAGCUGGCAGAGGUCCGUGCUGAGCUGGAGCGGACCAAGAAGGAGCUGGCAGGCAAGGUGCGUGAGGUGGCGCGGCUGGUGGGGCAGCUGGAGCAGGAGCAGCAGCGGGCAGAGCUGGCAGAGGAGCGAUUGGAGGAGAUGCUGAGGGAUCAGGACAGGGAGCGGGCGGAGGGGCGGGAGCGAGUGCUGCAUGUGGCAUCUGUGGCCUCACAUAAAGCAGCAGCAGGCGGAGGAGGAGCAGCAGCAGGGGCGCUGAGCAGCCUGCCUUCCUUGGGUGGGUCAGGCUUCUCCUCGUCCUCCUCCUCACCCUCCGCUGCUGCAGCUGCAGUGGCUGCUCUGGCAGGGGGAGCGCUGGGAGUGGUGGUGGACAAGCAUUUGGCGUCGCAGCAGAGCGGGGGGAGAGCGGGGGCACCAGGGGGCAAUCUGGGGGUGCCGGAGGGGUCGAGGAUCCUCGCCCGCAUGGCGUCGCGCAGACACCCCUCGCCGCACACACCUGCCAAUCACCCCACGUGGGAGGAAACCGCUGCUGCUGCUGCUGGCGGUGCUGCGGGUGGUGCUGCGAGUGCUGCUCUCACGAGCUCCCCGUCCUUCUCCUCCUCCUCCAGUCGCUCCUCGCCUGUCCCUCCCCUGCCUCCCUCCUCCAUAGCGUCCCCCCCUGGCAGCAGCGGGGGUGGCAUGGCGGCUGCAGCCGCGGCAGCGGUGGCAGCGAUGGAGAGAGCUGAAGGCGCAGCGGCAGCAGCGGCAGGUGGGGAGGGCAUGCACGACGGCGCCCACAGGGGCCAUGGCGGCGCGGCGGACGCCCAUCACCUGCCGUGCAUUCAGGAGUCGGCGUCACGCGAGGAGGGCGAGGAGAAGAAGGUGGUUGCAGUGAGCAGAACUAGCAGUGGCGGCAGCGGCAGCGGCACCACGGAGUUUGGUGGCAGCAGCGGGGGGUUGAGGCAAGUGCGGUUCCCCUCCAUGGGACCGGAGGAGAGCGAGGCAGAGGCCGGGUACACUCGUGCCAGCACGCUGCCCGUUGGGAAGAGCAUGCUGCGGCUGCAGUCCAUGGGGAAGGCCCUCAAACCUGCUGCUAACGCUGAUGCUGCUGGGGGCUCUGGCAGCGCGCCCGACGGUGCGGAUGCACGGUUGGCGAGGAUCCGACGGCUGCAGUCGUCCAACCCGCGGAUGGGUGGAGGAGCAGGGGGGGAGGGUGUUGGUGGGCCGGGCGUGCCGCGGCCGCUGGUGUCGGCCAAGUCGCUGACCCGCGACGAGGCCGUGCGCAUGCUGGCGAGUGCUCAGAGGGAUGUGGAGGAGAUGCACAAGCUGAAGGAGGAGAGGCGGCAGCUGCAGGUGCUGUACCGGGAGGCAGUGGCGGCAACAGAGGCGGCACUGGCAGCGGCAGCGGAGGAGCGCGGGCGGGUGGGCGAGCUGCAGCGGACAGUGGAGGGGAAGGACGAGGAGAUCCGCGAGCUCAUGGAGAAGAACCAGGAGCUGCAGCUCGCUCUCACCCUCAAGUCGCGGGAGGUGCGCACGCUCAGCCAGCGGUUGCUGGCAUCGCAGGCUGACAGCGACGUGGAGGAGCUGCCUGUGGACAAGCAGCAGGAGCUGCUGCUGUCGGAGGUGGCGAGCAGCCGCUUCCCGUUCGGCCCCGAGGGGCAGCCGGUGGCGGCGUGCAUGGUGUACCGUGCGCUGCUGCAGUGGGGCGCGCUGGAGGCGGAGCGGACCAACACGUUCGACCGCAUCGUGGAGGCCUUCCAGCGUGGCUCCACCGACCAGCUGCUGCCCUCGCAGGCCUACUGGCUCACCAACCACGUCGUGCUCUACUACCUCGUGCAGGUGGUGUACCAGCCGCCAGUGGAGCAGCCCGCCCAGGAGAGCUUCUCCUUCUCCUUCUUCGGCAUGGCCUCCCGCCCCGCCGCUCCUCCCAAGGCAGCGGUGGAGAGAGUGGAUGUGAUGCUGUUCAAGCAGCAGCUGGCCACGGGCACGGAGCGCCUCUUCGUCACCAUCAGGGACGCCGCCAAGGCCGAGCUCGCCAAGCACUUUGCCCUGCCCUCGCAGGAAUCUCAGGACGCGGCAGCGGAAGCAGAGGGCGACCAAGCAGCCGGUGACGCAGCGGCAGGGAAGGGCGGCAAGGCGGGCGGCGGAGGGGGGAGGCGGCUGGCGCGGGGGAGGGCGAGGGGAGGGGGGCGGUCGGGGGCAGCGAUGGUGCGGAAGCACGUGGUGAACUACUGGGCCAACGUGGUGGUCACUCUCAAGCAGGUGAACUACCGGGACAUUCGUGUGACGGCCACACUGGCAGCGAACCACGUGCCGGCGGUGGUGGUGGAUGCGCUGCUGCGGCAGCUGCUAUUCUUCGUAAAUGUCAAGAUCGUCAACGG